AUGUCUAAAUUAUAUUCACGUCUUCCACGUUAUAUACAAAGUUCUCAAGUGGCAAAAAAUGAAAAACAACCGCCAGUUUCCGAGACCACGAGAAAAUUUGUCCCAAAUUUCGUUAUGGGAUCAAUAGAGACUACCACUAAGGAUCCUUCAAAGAUUUUUGCGACCAAAGUAAAGGACAAGGUGUUGCUUCUUGAUAAUCCGUUAAAAAGCUCCAAUGAGAAGAAGAAAAGAAUGCUGCUGAAGAAGAAAUACAAAGUGAUGAGUGCGAAAGAAAAGAAACAAACCAAGAUUUAUGAAGUUCCAAAAGAAUGUCAUAAAUAUGAACUCUUUCUUCCUUUACAUGAGCUUUGGCUUCAAUACAUUGAAGAGCUAUAUGGGAAAUCAAAUCCUAUCGUUUUUGCUCAAAAAUUAUUGAGAGCUGAUUUUCACGGAGCAAUUCUUACAGUCUCUAAAUCAAAAUGUGCAUCUUAUGUUGGAGUUACAGGAAUUGUUAUCCAAGAAACAGAGAAUAUGUUCAAGUUAAUUACAAAAGGUGAUAGCUUGAAAUGUAUCCCGAAAGGGCAUAGUAUUUUCACAUUUCAACUUCGUGAUCAUAUGUAUAUUUUGUACGGUGACCAAUUUCGAUACAGGUCAGCAUCUAGAGUUACAAAAAAAUUCAAGAAUAAACCGUCGAUAGAUUUAUGA